CUUCAUUCAAGCACGUGCUCCUGUUCGACUCGCUGGGCUUCUUUCGGGCCACAAGGACAAGUGAAAGUGCGGAGGGAUACAAAGGAGCCUUUUUUCCAUUCACGUGGACCUACACCGAGGUGCCUAAUGCCCUCCACCCUGGGGCUGUCCAUGUAAGAAGGGGGAUCUUAGUAGAGAAGAGCAGACACUUUGAGUGGGAGCAUGGCCUCAACCAAAGAAGGUGGCAUGGACGUAAAACUGGUGCACAUUAAAGAAGAGGACCGUGAGUGGGACACACCAGAGAGUUUGUGUGUGGAGCUGGAGGAUCGCAAAGAAGGAAUUUCAGUUUUUUAAAGAGGAGCCCAAGUGGGGGACUGUUGACAUUAAAGUUGAGGAUUUAAAUGAUUUCUCAGUUGGUCUUGAACUUCAAAAGAAUGAAACUGGGAAUAUUUUCAAGCAAGAUGUCUGUGAAGAGUUUCAUUCUAGUGUACAACCCUGGUACACCAAUAUGGGAUAUUUGGCAACUCAGGUGCAUUCUGUAGAGCUGAAAUCUGAGUUAUCUGAGUUUGAAGAGAACAUCACUGAAGGGAACGAGAGAGAAGGAGAAGAGCAACAGUCAUCUAGGAGUGUGAGAAUAAAUUCAGAAGAGCAUGGCAGCAUCUUCACAUCUGCAUUUGCUCAGAAAUCUCUUCAGUACCACGAGAAGAAUAUGAAGAAAUCAACAAGAGGAUCAGAGAAUUUGACAGCAGACUCUCUACAGUGCAGUUCACCUCCUGCUGCUAGUGUAACACAGAGUGUAGCAGUCAAAACUGAUCAACAACAAGCGUAUAAACACAUCCAAAUUUUCAAUGGGAAAAAACGUCAUUAUUGUCUGGAAUGUGGCAAAUGUUUCCCACGCAAAAGUAAUCUUCACACGCAUAUGAAAAUUCACAGUGGAGAAAAACCGUAUUGUUGUCCUGAAUGUGGGAAGCACUUUCCAGAGACCUUGAACCUUAACAGACACAUGAGAAUUCACUCUGGAGAGAAACCCUAUUCCUGUCUAGAGUGUGGCAAACAAUUCUUGUUUUUAAGUUAUCUUCAGAUGCACACAAGAAUUCACACUGGAGAAAAACCUCACUGCUGUCCAGAAUGUGGAAAACAAUUCUCACGUAGAAGCAGUCUCCAGAGACACAUUAGAAUCCACACUGGGGAAAAACCUCACCUCUGUCCAGAAUGUGGUAAGCGAUUCUCACAAGUCAACACCCUACAGGUUCACAUCAGAAUUCACACUGGAGAGAAACCUCACCGUUGUUUGGAAUGUGGUAAACAAUUCUUACGUCUCAGUUAUCUUUAUAACCAUAGAAGAAUUCAUACUGGAGAGAAACCAUACAGUUGUACUAAAUGUGGUAAGCGAUUCUCAUACAACAGUUGUCUUCACAACCAUAAAAGAAUUCAUACUGAUAAGAAACAUCAUAGCUGUUCUGAAUGUGGCAAGCGUUUCUCACUCAGCAGGCAUCUUAAAGACCACAUGAGAAUUCACUCUGGAGAGAAGCCCCAUUGCUGUCCAGAAUGUGGCAAACGAUUCUCACAUAAAAGUAGUUUUAAGUGUCACACGAGAAUCCACUUUGGAGAGAAACCAUAUAGCUGUUCUGAAUGUGGAAAAAUGUACGCCUGCAAAAAAAGUUUUCAGAGGCACACACAGAUUCAUACUGCAGAAAAGUCUGCACUAAAUGUGACAGAUGAUUUUCCCACUGUCUCUACAAAUAUUGAAAAGUGAAGAAAAAUCUUUUGAACAAGGUAGAGGAUUCUCAUUUAAAGUAGUUAACAAGAAUGUAAUUAUUUUUAGUGGAGAAAACACUUAUGGCACUAGAUGUAGCAAAUGAUUCUUAGAUGUAAGACAACGUCAGAACCACGUAUGAAUUCAUAAAUUAGAGAAACCUUACUGUUAUCUGAAAUACAACAAAUGAUUUACAAACAGCAGGCACCUUCAUGAAACUAUUCAUACACAUAAAGACAGACAUAAAAAAAUGAUUGUCUUCAAUGUAAUAAAGGAUUUCAGACAGUAGUGACCUUCAUUUCCAUAACAUAAGCUUUGGAGAUUGUGCACCAUUGAGUGGCAAUGAACUUGUAUUGGCGCUGGCAUGUAAUCUGAUAAAUAACAGCUGGAGUGAAUGGAGACUGUGGCAAUCAUCACCACUUUAUUCUUAAACACUGCCAGUGAAGAACUCUCUUAAUUAUGGAAGCCAAAGGUCUUCUCAGCAGAGCAGACCACCUGCUGUAUCCUGGAACUGGAAUGGGAAAAGGGACAGAAAACAUGAGAACACUGUUGAGGGAGAAAUGUUGAGCUACUUAAACUGGUGUAAGAAAAGCAGUCUCUUGUGUGCUUCCUAAAAAUGGAGGUGGUAUUCUUGUCACUUAAGGGUGUUGGUAAAAGACUGCAACAUGGAGACAACUUGGCUACAAAUUUCCAGAGGUGGAUAUCCAGGAGGGAGUCGGUGGAAGUCAACC